AUGUCCAUUCUCUGCAAUACCUGGAACUAUGUCUCUAACCACUCUUCUGACGAGGACGGAAGAAUCAUCUUGAUAUGGAAAGACCCUCUCAAGCUUCAGAUAAUGCAUCAGUCCAGCCAGUCAAUGACUGUAACGCUCUCUCUGCCCAAUCAGGAUCCCAUUUAUUACACUGCUGUCUAUGCUUCAAAUCUCAGUGAAGAAAGAGUGGACCUUUGGGCUGAGCUUCUGCAUCUUCAUGCGACCCUAGAUAUGGACAACAAUCAGUGGAUGAUUGGUGGUGACUUCAACCAAAUUCUACAUCCACAUGAACACUCUUCUCCAUCUGUAGUUGUUCAUGAUAGCUUGAUGUACCAGUUUCAAGACUGCUUGAUGCAAUGUGGCGUGUUUGACCUGCGGUUUAACGGACCCUCACACUCCUGGUCCAAUAAGCAACCUGUAAAACCGGUGGGGAAAAAGCUUGAUCGUCUCCUCGUGCAAGCCCUUCAGACACCAACUCCGCAGCUGUUCCAAGAAGAAAAGGACCUUCACCAGAAGUGGCUCUUCCUGCGAGAGAUCGAAGAGAGCUAUUUCAGACAGAAAUCUCGAAUAAACUGGCUUCGAGAAGGAGAUUUCAACACACUUUUCUUCCACCGAAUGUGUCAAGUAAGAGCAAGCUAUAAUGCCAUUCGCUGCUUCUUAGCUGCUGAUGGAGUACUGAUGACUGACCCUGUGGAAAUGAGUAAGCUGGCUGUUGCUCAUUUUAAAUCAAUUCUCGGGCCAGAAAAUGGCUACCGACCAAUGCUGGCCUCUCCUCAUCAAUGGUUUCACAACCUCAUGAACUUCCAAUGUACACUGCAACAAACACAAGUUAUGCUUACAGUCCCAACGGGAGAGGAUAUAAAGGCUCUUUUCUUCAAGUUAAAUCCUAACAAAGCUCCAGGGCCGGACGGGUUGACUUCUGGAUUUUUUAAACAUGCUUGGGAAACUGUGGGUGAAGAGGUGAUAGUUUCAAUCACUAAUUUCUUUGAGACGGGGUUCCUGCCAGCGACAACGAAUGCAACCAUUCUAUCACUCGUUCCUAAGUUCCCAGGAGCUACAAAUAUCACGGACUACCGACCUAUAUCAUGCCUAAACACUAUCUACAAAGUAAUCUCCAGACUUCUCGUUGCAAGGAUUAAGCCAAUACUACAAGGUUUGAUACUCCCGUGUCAAACUGCAUUUGUUAAAGACCGUCUGUUGGUGGAAAAUACCAUACUAGCUAGCGAGCUCGUACAUGGGUAUCACAAGAACAAAGGGACCCCGAGGAUUACCAUUAAAGUGGACAUAGCGAAGGCUUUUGAUACACUUUCGUGGGACUUCCUCUUCUCAUGUCUGGAAAGCUUGGGACUUCCUCCUCACUUCGUCAAACUGCUUAAAGCUUGCAUCUGCAAAACGAGCUUCAUGGUCGGUUAUAAUGGAACUGUAAACGGGUACUUCAAAGGGAGCAGAGGUUUGAGACAAGGAGACCCCCUCUCCCCUUAUCUCUUUGUAAUAGCUAUGAACUGUCUAUCAUUCAUGCUUAACUCCGCAGCAGCUCAGGAAAAGAUAAAGUAUCAUGCAAACUGCAAGUCUAUGAAGAUGACUCACCUCUCUUUCGCCGACGAUCUACUGAUCUUCAUUGACGGUUCCCUCCACUCGGUCCAACAAGUGCUGCAAGUCCUGAAGGAAUUCGAGAAAAGAUCAGGACUGGCCAUCAGUAUGCAGAAAACAAGCUUCUAUGCCUCAGGUAUGACAGACCAAGAAGUGGAUACCAUUCAGGCUUCAACGGGUAUGAUCUGUGGCACACUUCCUGUUCGUUAUUUAGGCGUCCCCUUGAACUCCAGAAAGCUCAACCUCGUCACUUGUGAGCCCCUGAUACAUCAAAUCAAAAGGAAGUUUUCAUCCUGGUCAGUAAAAUCCCUGUCUUUUGCUGGCAGAUUACUUCUAAUCAAAACGGUUAUAGCUGGUAUUACUACCUUCUGGUGCUCAGCUUUCGUCCUCCCAAAGGCGUGUAUUGCUCGAAUUAAUUCCCUCUGUAGUGUAUUCCUUUGGAGAGGUGAUAUUGAUAGCCAUAACACUGCUAGGGUCGCAUGGGAGACAGUGGUCCUAACAACACAGCAAGGAGGUCUCGGUGUGAAGGAUCUUUAUACAUGGAACAAAGCUUGCUGUCUGAAACUAGUAUGGCUUUUGUUUUUCAGAUCAGGAUCGAUGUGGGUGGCUUGGUUCAGAGAAGUUGUACUUAAGGGAUCGAUCCACAACUACUGGACUACCAAGCCAAAGGCUUCCUUCUCUUGGCUCGCAAACAAGAUCCUCAAAUUCAAAGAUGUUGUCUACCCAUUGAUUAAACUGCGAUUGGAGAAUGGACUAUCUGCUAGAUUUUGGCAUGACAACUGGUCCCCCCUAGGUAAUGUUGCUACGCUGCUGAACGCUCAAUCAUCAAGGUUAGGCAUUCCUCAACAAGCAACAGUGGCUUCGCUAUUCCGUAAUGGAUCAUGGCGUCUUCCACCUGCAAGAUCAGAGCAACAGCUACAACUUCAAGCACAUUUAACCACAGUCAACCUCACAACUGAGCCAGACUACUUUGAAUGGGAGAUAGAAGGAAGGAUCUCCAGCAAGUUCUCUACUGGUGAAGUGUAUCAUUACCUGAGAGGGGCGCAUGACGAAGUAAAUUGGACGACUGCGGUGUGGACAUCUUACGGAAUCCCCCGACAUAAUUUUCACACUUGGCUAGUAGUUUUGGAUCGCUGCCCAACACGGGAUCGUCUUCUACGUUGGGGCCUUCAGGUUCCGCCUGUCUGCUUACUGUGUAACAGCUUCCCCGAAACUCGUGAUCAUCUCUAUUUUGAGUGUGAAUUUGCUUAUGACUUAUGGUUGAAAAGCUCCAGAAGAUGUUCCCUUACACCCUCACGCAACUGGCCGGACGCGCUUAAUCAGAUGAUUACAUUACCAACUAGCAGAGCUUCAAGGGCACUUCGAUUACUCACCCUACUGGCAUGGCAGUCAACAAUAUACUGGAUCUGGAAUGAAAGGAACGCCAGACUGCAUUCCAACUCCUUUCGUUCUGCUGAUCGCCUCUUCCGGGUUGUAGAUUUACAAAUCAGAAACAGGAUUCAAAGUUUCAGAGAAUCAAACCCACGCCUAUCUUCUAGUAUGAUGCAGACAUGGUUCCAUCUUGCAUGA